AUGCCUGCCGUCAUGGAAGACCCGAGCGGCCCCACCAUCUACCGGGUCUCGGGCCAGGCGCCGUUCCCGGACCCCAACGACCCGGGGCUGCCGCCGGACAUUGUCCCGCGCCAGGUCACGCUGCGCGAUCGCCAGACCGUCGCGACCAUCGUGCCCUUUGCGUCGCGGCACCGCGUCCCGCCCUCGCUGCUGGCCUACCUGAGUGACCAGCUCAACCGCGAGAUCGACAGCGGCGACACCUACCCCAUGACGGAGCCCUUUACCGCCGACGCCUUCGCCGACUACUGGUUUCAGACGUUUGGGGCCGUCAUGCUUCUCGGGAGCAUCGAUUCUGCCGACGACGUGGUCGAGGGCCGGGACUGGGCACGUGAGUGUCUGGGCAGCUUCUUCAUCAAGCCCAACUACCCUGGUCGUAGCAGCCACGUCUGCAACGGGAGCUUCAUCGUGACGGACGGGUCGCGCAAUCGUGGCGUAGGUCGCCUCAUGGGCGAAGCGUACAUAGACUGGGCGCCGCGGCUGGGCUACACCUACAGCGUCUUCAACCUCGUGUACGAGACCAACGUCGCCUCGUGUCGCAUAUGGGACGCCCUGGGCUUCAAGCGCAUCGGUCGAGUCAAGGCGUGCGGCAACCUGCGCAGCCACCCGGACCGGCUCAUCGACGCCAUCAUAUACGGCCGCGACCUGCCUCAAGGGGGCAUCAGCAACGGCAACGGCAACGGCGACGAGCUGAUCAGCGAGGAGCGCUUUGACAAGAUCCGCUACUAUCUCAAGACGGGCAAAUAUCCUAACGGGGCGGACCGCGCCGAGAAGAGCCGCCUGCGCAGCGCAGCCACGCACUACAAGCUACUCGCGGGGGACAAACUCAUGCUCAAGGACAAGGAGGUCAUUUCCGACCCGGCGCGGCAGUAUGAGAUUGCGCGGGGCGUGCACGCGCUGCACCACGGCGGCAUCAACAAGACGACGGCAACCAUCGCCGAGCGCUACCACUGGAGCAGGAUCAAGGAGACGGUGAGCGACGUGAUCCGGGCCUGCAGCGAGUGCAAGGAGCUGGGCAAGUCUGUGCCCGGCAGCAACGGGGCCAACGGCGGCGGCUUGUCAGCGAGCACGAGCCGGCGGGCCGGGAGCAGCAGCGCGGCCACGACGCCGGUUGCGACUACGACGACGAGCACCACGACGGCGACAACACCAAGCCUCGUGGACGGUGCAGCGGGUGCCGGCGCUCUGACAGACGCUCAUCACCACCACCACCACCAAAACGAGCCCCUCGACGCCGCCGAGAGGGUCCUCGCGCUGCAGCAGAACCACCAUGGCCUCAUGUCCGCCUUCUCGCAGCCCAGCCCAACAACCAGCCCGGGCAGCGCCUACGCCAACCCCAGCGACAUCUCCGUCCUGCCCUCGCACACAUCCUCGGACCAAACCCUGCACCACGCUCACCACGGCCACGCACCGCACCAUCAUCACCAUCACCAUCACCACAACCCCAUGCUGCAAGACCAGCCGACGGGCCACCACCACGCCUCUCCAGACGUAUACCAGCCCAUCGACCCGCAAAUCAUCAACCAUCACCAAGUCCACCACCACCAUCACCACCACAACCACCUCCACCACGGCGGCGGGUCACACACCGACGACGGCUCCAGCGCCCACACGCACGCCGACGCUCACAGCGCACCCGAGGACAGCAGCCCCUUCGACCACUACCACCAGCACGCAGACUUCCAGGCCCUCCUCAACGCCACCGAGGACGACGACGUAGGCGUCGGCGUCGGCGUGGACGUAGACGUCGAUGUCAGCGGCGUGGUGCCCGGCCACCAGACGGACGCGGAUGCAGACCCCUCGGCCGUGGAUCGCGACCUCGACAUGCUCAUCGAGCAGGACGACGUGGACGUCGGCGUGGGCGUAGGCGUCGACGAUGCGGACGUCGUCACUGGCGGAGCACCACCCGGCGGGUCAUCCGGCGCACCACCCGGCAGCGGCGGCAACGGCGACACGGACAUGGGCGACUCUCUGGACGACGUGGUCGGUGACGCCGCCGCCGACGAUGAUGACCACGGCUUGCACGGCGGCGGGCGGAGAGCCGGCGAAGCAGCAGACAGGGGGCUGUACGACGUCAACUUCGACGGAACGGAGUAG